CAGCUCUCUGCGCAUCCUCUGCACGCUUCAUAUUAUUGUGCUAGUUUGUUUAUUUGCUAAUUUGUUUUGAAAAGCCUGUAAGGAUUAGAGUAUAGAUGGACUGUUUCAGUUGUAAGAAACGUCAUAUGGGUGUGACUAUGGACUCUGACCUUACUGUGUUCUUAAAGUAGCCACUGCGUGCUGGAGCCUAUUUGAUUUCGCUUCUUGUUCGACUUUUUUGGACCUUUUGUUUCGUGGAUUUUUUACUUGUUUAUGUCAGUAUUUCUUGAUCGUCUCAGCUUUACUUGAAUUAGAAAAAGGACGAAGGUGAAAAGCAUGAAAGAUGUCCGUGGCGGGACUGAAGAAACAGUUUCACAAGGCAAGCCAGUUGCUCAAGGAAAAGAUCAGUGGUGUUGAAGGAACAAAGCUGGAUGAGGAUUUCAUCAGAAUGGAAAAAAAAACUGAAAUCACCAACAAGCUGAUUGGUGACCUUGUUACAAAAACAACAGAGUAUCUUCAGCCAAACCCAGCAUAUAGAGCAAAACUCAGCAUGCUCAGUAAAGUGUCCAGGAUCCGUGGAGGUGUAAGGCCGGUUGGAUACCCACACACAGAAGGAAUACUAGGGGACUGUAUGUUAAUCUACGGUGCUGAGCUCGGGCUGGAGUCUUCAUUCGGUAGUGCACUGGUGGACACGGGACAGGCCAUGAAGCAGAUGGCUGAAGUAAGAGACUGCAUGGAUGUGCGUGUGAAACGCAGCUUUAUCAAUCCACUUCAGAUGCUGCAGGAGAAAGAGCUUAAGGAAAUUGCAUUCCAUCUGAAAAAACUUGAGGGUCGCCGUUUAGAUUUUGACUACAAGAAAAGUUCCAAAAGGAGGAUUGCAGAGGCAGAACUUAAACAGGCAUUAGACAAGUUUGAGGAAUCCAGAGAGCUGGCAAAAAGGAGCAUGUUCAACCUCUUAGAAAAUGAUGCGGAUCAAGUACGACAGCUGUUAGGCCUCAUUGAAGCAUCGAUAGACUACCAUCAGCAAUCCCGUGACAUUCUGGAGAACCUCAGAAGCAGUCUGCAGAACAAGAUUACUGAUACCAGCAACAGACCAAAGAGGGAGUACAAAUCAAAGUCUAACGCAAGUACAAUGUGCUGCACGGACACUUAUGGGUUUUCCACAAGCUCAUCUUAUGACACUGAGGUAACUCAAGAGCUGAGUGAAAAAAGCAACUGUAAUUCUCCACGGGACCAGCCUUGCUGUCGGGCACUUUUCAACUUUAAGCCUGAAAAUGAACGUGAGUUGGGCUUCAAGAAGGGCGACACCAUUAUUCUUACUAACCAGGUUGAUGAGAACUGGUAUGAAGGGCUGCUCAAUGGGGAGUCUGGCUUUUUUCCUGUCAAUUACGUUGAAGUCCUUGUACCACUGCCGCAAUGACAGCAGGUCCGCAGUUCACUGAGCCAUUACACGAACUCUUCAUCUUUUUGGUGCUUGAUCAAAGCUAUGCAUUUUAUUGAUCAACGCUUUUAUCUGAAGAAUGUGCUUCACAGUUCACAACCAUUCUCUUGGGUCUUUUUCCACUAUGCAAGCAUAUCUAUAUAUUGUCUUGAUCUCUUCUUUGUAUUUUAUUGUUUAUAAUAAAGAGACCAAUGAUGCAAUGUCUAGUAUGCAACUAUUAAAAGGUGAUUGGAUGUAUGAGAGUAAGGGCAAUAUGAAUAUACCUUAUACAUGAUAUUUAACACAAUUUACUAAGUUCCUAACUAGGUGAAUGUAGUUUCUGUAUAUAGUUUUGCCACAUCAUACUAAGAAUAUAUGCAAUUAGGCAGCAGUAUUGCUACAGCCUUUUGGGGAAGUGAUGCUGCUUUAUUUUUUUAUUAUGGCCAUAUUGAGAACUGCAGUAUGUGGUUAAUAAUGCAAGCAUUUGGUAUUUGUUUUAGAGAAUAAUACUUUGUAAAUGAAGUAAAUGCAAUUGAAUGAAUGUUGGCAAAUAAAGUUUGUAACACAUCACGCCAUUGUUGGGUGAAUAUAAAUAUUCCUGUCUACCUUGUGACUUUGUUGCUAGAUUUGGUGAGUUUUUAGACUUUUUAUUGACUUUUUUCAAGUGUCUAGCAACAAAUCUGGCAACUUUUUAAAGCAGAUGUUAGUGACUGCUCUGCACUCAGUAUGAGUCUCCAGCUCAUGUCACAGCUACUGGUUUAGCAAGUUGAGAGAGCAUGUUUGAUUGACUCAAAGCCUGAUUGAGUUGUACUUGUGCAAGCCGAUGUAACCACUAACCAAUUGCUGAUCACCACUGUAUGUCCUACUGAAGCGCUUCAUUUUUCUUUGCUUUAAACUGUUUUCCUGGCUAUAUUUCCAAGUAAUAAAAGCAAGUUAUUCCAUCUGUAA